GUCUGAUGAAGAACGUGAUUCACAGGAUCUGAGGAUUGUGUUAUUGGGAGCCUCUGAAGCUGGAAAGAGUCCAACAGCAAAUUGAAUAUUGGGUCGAGAGGCGUUUAAAGAGAGCAGAACCCGAGAGAGUGAGAAACAGACAGGAAGAGUAGAAGACAGAAACAUCUCCAUCAUCGACACGCCAGGAUUCUUCAACACUCAACUGACUGAUGAAGAGAUGAAGAAUGAAAUGAUGAAGAGUAUGUACCUCUGUUAUCCGGGUCCUCACGUGUUCCUGCUCGUCAUCAACCUGGAGACCUUCAGAGAGGAGCAGAGGAACCUCGUGGAGCAAAUUCAGGAGAACUUUGGAGAGGAAGCGUUGCUGUUCACAAUGGUGCUGUUUAUUGGACGAGAAAAAGUAUCCAGAAGAGAAUUUAAUCAAAUCAUUGCAAGUGAAGAAACACAGAAAAUACUGAACUAUUUUGAGGGAAGAUUUCAUGUGAUAAACAGCAAAAGUGAAUGUGAUUCCAGCCAGAUCAUAAAGCUCCUGAAGAAUAUUGAUGAAAUGGUGAAGAGUAAUGGAGGACAAAACUACAGCAAUGAGAUCUACCUGAAGAAUCAGAGAAAACUCAGAGAGCAGAAAGAGAGAAUUAAACAAGCAGAAAAGAGACUAAAACAAGAAGAAGAGAGAAUGAAACACGAGCAGGUGAGGAAAAUACACAUGGAGGUGAAGAAAAUACAGGAAGAUAGCGAUACAUGGAAGCAGAAAGGAGGGAUAAAUCAAAAGGGGGACAUAACAAUAAGAAGCAAAGAGCAGGGAAUAAAAGAUGACAAUGAGAGGAAAAAAGAUAAUGUGAGUAAGAAGAAAACCCGAUAUCUUAGAGAAAACGAAUCUGCUGUUCAGGAAAAUCUCAGGAGACAGAUGGAAAGUCGGAGAGAGAAAGAAAGAUGUAGAUGGAAACUAGAAAGAGAAAUGACACAAGAAAAUCCAUCAAGACCAGCAGAUUUGAGGAUCAUGAUUCUUGGUAAAUCUGAUGUGGGAAAGACUGCAACAGCAAACACCAUCAUGAGUAGAAAUGCGUUUAGAGCGGAGGCACAAUCUGAUACUUUAACCUGUGAGAAACAAGAUGCAGUAGUUUCUGGAAGGAAUAUCUCAAUCAUUGACACUCCUGGAUGGUUAGAUGCUCCGUGGUACAAGCACUUUCAGGAUGAACUCAAGCGUGAUAUUAAUAAAUGCUUAGAAAUGUCUGCUCCUGGUCCUCAUGUGUUUCUGCUGGUCAUCAGACUGAAUGGGAUAUACACCGAGGAGGAGAAAAACACAGUAAAAUGGAUUCAGAUGAACUUUGGAGAAGACGCAGUACGUCACACUUUUGUUGUGUUCACUCAUGUGGAUUUGCUGAAGGAUGAAUCAUUGGAUCAGUAUAUCAGAAAAAGCCCUGAUCUACAGUUGCUGAUGGACAGCUGUGGUGGCAGAUUUCACUCAUUCAACAAUCAGCACAGAAACAACCAAAAUCAGGCCACAGAACUGCUGGAGAAGAUCGAACAACUGAUUAAAGACAAUGGAGGAGAACAUUACGCCAAUGAGAAGAGCCGAAAGAAGAAACAAGAGAAGAUGAGACAUGACAAUAGUCAAGAGGACACAAAGAAGAACUUACAUGAUCUGACAAGAGAAACAGAUGAACUCUUAACACUCAUGAUGGGUCUCGAGAUGAGUGAGAUGGCUCUGAGAUUGUCACAAGUGAGAGAAAUGGCACACAACAAUCUGUCAAAACAAGAUCUGAGGAUUGUGCUGCUGGGUUUUCUUACAGCAGGUAAGAGUGCAACAGGAAACACCAUCCUGGGCAGAAAUGUGUUCAGUUCGAGUUUUAUGACAACCACCAGGAGCUGUGAGAAACAAGAAGCAGUGGUGUAUGGAAGGACCAUCUCAAUAAUAGACACUCCAGGACUGUUAGAUCCAUUCUUAUUCAGGCACAUUCAAGAUCAUAAUGAGUCUGAUGUUGAGAAAAGCUUAGAAAUGUCUGCUCCUGGUCCGCACGUGUUUCUGCUGGUGAUCGGCAUGGAAGGAUUGGCAAGUGUGGAAAAGAACCCAGUCAAAUGGUUCCAGGAGAACCUUGAAAAAGAUGCUUUAAAUCACACUGUCGUUCUUGUCACUCAUGCUGAUUUGCUGGAUGCAGUGAUUGAUGAACCUCUGAAUGAGUAUAUCAAAAAAAUCAAGGACCUAAAAUCACUGAUAGACAGCUGUGGUGGCAGAUAUCACGCAUUAAACAACAAGGACAGAAACAAUCAAGGUCAGGUCACAAAGCUGCUGGAGAAGAUUGAUGAAAUGGUACAGAGAAACGGAGGGAGGCACUACACCAGACAAAACAUCUUUAAAAGACAAGAUGAUACAGGUGGUUGUGAAAUUCAAUAAAACCCAUUAAAAAGAGGACCAUACCUGACUCUAAUUAUUGCUACAGUGGUCAUUCUGAGCAGUUUUUAAUCAGUUUUGCCUUACUGGUUUACUUCAGUUUUACAUAUUUAAGCCACCAACUGUUAUUUUAAGCAGAAAACUGGUGAAACGAUCUAACCAAGGUGUACCUACCUAUGCAUUAAGGAGAAAAAAAGUCAGGACCUAUCAAUAUUUAAUGGUUCAUUGAUUUACAAUGUAAAUAAUACUAAAUAAUGUAAUGAGUGUGUUUAUGUCACAAGCUAGUCAUUUAUAAUGGGCUACCUUGUUCCUGCUACAUCAGUACUUUUUCAUUUUCUGAAACAAAUAAUCUUUAAUAAUAAUAAAACAACUGUAACAUUUAGCUUCACAGUUUUCUCAAAUGCACUAAACUUCAGUUGUCUCACACUGUAGCUUAUUUAUAU